AUGACUACAGCUAUGCAUAACUUGCAUAGCUCUGGAUCUUCAAAUCACCAGCAGACACCCGGUAGCACCGCUCCAGUCCUUGAAUAUGUCUGCUUAUUUACGCGAGACCUUCGCAGAAAGCAAAAGCGCUGGCAAGAUGGGAGGUUGAAAUAUCACACAUUCAAUAAACGUAUCAUGGUAUACGACGAACGUGGCAACUUUGUAGGAGACACACACUGGCACGAAGAUUAUCAUUUCGACGAAGGCGAAGAAGUUGAACUUGAAAGAGGAGGCACCAUUGUUCAGGUCGCUGAAUGUACGGGGAGUCGUGAUCAAGAUCUCUCCGAACUCAUAGACAAGAGAGCUCGAGAAAGGGCUGAGCGUCAAUCUGCUGCUCUUGCGCGACGACCUCCCACAGUUGAGGCUGCUACACCAAAUGUUACUACACCAAAUGUUGAUGCCCCUCACUUCCAGCUGCGACAUAAGCCUCUCCAUAAUUUGAUUGGUACACCUACUGGCCACCACGGGCGUGCUCUCGUGCCAACUGAAUCGCCAUACGAAGAAAGACAGAAAUUAGCUACUUCCACGCGGGAUGAUGAUGGACGCCCCGCGAAGCGAAGGAAGCGAGAAGUAUCUCCUCCAAGCAAGAGCGGUUACGCACAAAGCUUAUUUGGUGCUUCAUUGACACUAUCCGGUACGCCAACAAGUAGUCCACUAUUGCGGAGUAGGCCGCCGAAGGUGAUAUCCGUCUCCGCUGAUGACCGGCCUUUGUCAUCAGCUAUUCCUAGCACUCAUGCCGAAAAGGAUACCGAGAACCAGAUGAUGACUGACGGAGAUGACUUGGUUUUGCAAGAUGACGUUCCUGCCCCUCGCCUUGCUCAGCUAGGCCGCAGGAACGUACGUAGCAAAGAAGUUAUCGGUUUUUUUUUUGACGAAGAAAUUGAUAGCGGGCCGAAACGGAAUGAGGGUGGUGAAUAUGGUAAGGCAAGUCUCGCUAGCGGCUUUUCCGCGAACCACUCGGUGGUGCAGCCUCUAGCCAAGGAAGCAAGGGCGGUGAGCAACGGUGUCCCUCCCGAGUUUGUGGAGGACCGCAACAUAGGUACGGUUGAUGUCGAAGCGAUUUCGUGUCUUCCGCAGAAGAAAAUCAGACCCACGUCAGCCCGAGUCAGCGGGAACUCAGACGUGCAGGCCUUAUCUGACGACACUGCGGCGACGCGGCUACCUACUGCUAAGAUGGUGGUCAACCCCGCCACCCGAGGGAAGAAGGCUGCCAAGCCUUCGGAUGCUGCCGGCCAUGUCCCGCAAUGUCCAUUGCCGUCAGAAGUAGCAUUAGGAAGACCGCCAGAUACUAAGAGACAUGAACACGACGAACAGAAGGCUACAUCAAAAGUCCGACGCAAAGCUUCUGCUGCAGCCAUGCCCGUAUUUGCCAGAGCGAACGGAGGACCAUGGAGCAGGGAAGCCCAUGAUCUAUUCGAAUUUACGCGUCCACCGUAG